AAGUGAGCGGCAGAGCCAGCGAAAAGCUGCGAAUGCCAAGCGCACAGUAGAAGGGAGUGGUACGUCAAAAACUGACGCACAGCGGCAGGCCAAACAAGUCCAUAGUUUAAUAGCCAGCACACACCGCACCACAAUAAUAAUAUAAACUGUAAAAUAUAUAAAAAAAAUAGUAACACUCAAGUCCAGGCCAAAACCAGAAACCCAAAUAUUACGUGACCAAGUGCAGCUAAACAAAAAAGAAAGAAAAAAAAAACAAAGAGGAAAAUCUAUAACUAUCAAAGAGCAAAUUGUGUGUAUGAAGAAAAAACAAGCCACAAAUCAGAGCGAGUACGAAAGUUUCCUACGAUAUCAUAUCAUAUAACCGCCAUAGAUUGGUUCAACAGCCAAAAAUAAAACAGGAGCAGCAGCAGUAACGGCGGCAACAUUGCAGCAUUGCAACAACCACCAGCAGCAACUAGCAACGCAACAACGAAAGCCAGAUACCUUCAACUGCGGAGAUAGCCGGGAGGUACAAGUUAAAUAAGCUGCCAGGCGGAUGCGGUAGGAUCGCAGGUGGCAGGAUCUUGCGGGGGCAGAAGGAUGCCAGCCAAAGGACGCAAUAUUGCAGCAUCCGCAACAUCCGCAACAUCCGCAACUUCGGGGACACGGAAUCAAAGCUGAAGGAGCAACCGCAGCAAUACUCUCAAGGCGACGCAUGUCAAUGUCAAAGUUGAACCAGAAGUAGAAGGCCGUAGAAGAGGGCCAAGAACGGUCGAGGGCGGGUCAAGAGCUACACGGCUAUAGCUAUAAAGGCAAAGCAUUUUAACUGCAGAUGACAAAGAAGGUUGUGCUACAUCUACAUAGUAAAUACAAAACAAAUCUAAGCAUAAGAAACCCCCAAAAACCACACCCAAACCCAAACCCCAGAGAAACCUAGACCAAAAUAAACAGGGCAGCAGCAAACAAGUGGAGGGCAAUCCCCGGAAUCUCGAUUGCCGCAGCUCCAAGCUGGCAAACUGGGCAGGCAGACGGAUACGGAUACGGUGACCCGUUUUGCAGGCAAGAUGUCCGUGGACUUUAUACUGCCCAAUCGCAAUAAGAUCCAAACGAUUGCCUAUGCGAGUGCCAGCAAGAAAUAUGUGCCCGGUGGAUCGGGAUCCACUCUCAGCUCCGGAUCGGUAUCGGUGUCGGGAUCGGGUGCUGACCUGCAGAGCUGGCGACGCCCGAAGCCCAGGACCUCCGGUAAAGUGAAGCUCGAGGAUAAAUCCCCGGCGACUGCCAGCUCGGUGCUGAGGAAUGCCAAUGGAAAUGGCCAGGGAAAUGGCGGCAAGUCACCACUCAAAUCGCUGGCCAAACGGAACUCGCGUUCGGUUCUCAAACGGGAGAUCAUCGAACUGGACGAUGAGGAUGGCGAGGAGCAGGAGGAUCAGCUCUGUGAACACCUGGAAUGGUCCGCCGCCCAAUCUCUGGUCCAAAUGAACUCCUCCAAGCAGGAAAAGCAGCGGCGAGCAGGAACCACAGGAUCCCCUGCAAUUGUGGCAGUGCCAGUCUCCGCCUCAGUAUCGCUUCGCCGUUCAGUGGGCAGAGCUCCGGCGGAAGAUGGCAAGGUGAUUUUCUAUGCCCCCCCAGCCAGCGCCAGUGGAUCGCCCCGUCAGCCGGAGCCGGUGACCUUGAAGAGGGAGCGCGAGCGGGACAGGGAGCGCGAGAGGGAGAGGGAGCGCGAGCGGGACCGCAUGCGGGAGCAACAAGUUGCAGCGGCCGCGGCGGCGGCGUCGAUUUAUCGUGGUCGCAGCGUGGAGGAAACGGAAGCGGCCCACGAUCUGCUCUCCCUGUCACAGAGCCUGCCGCCCCUGAUCCCGCCCUGCGUGGUGACCAUCAUGAAGCAGGAGCAGGAGCAACUGCGCUCCCCGGAAAUCCAGGAGAUAUCGAACAGCGCUUCCAGCCGAUCGCCCCAGUCGACCAUUCGGUUCAUCGGCAGCAGCUCCUACGACCUGAUGGGUGGCUCCUCGGAGGGGGCCAACAACUGCUCGCCCCUGACGCCGCCGAACUCGGACCACAGCUCCGACGUGGAUAUCGACAUGUCUUCCUCCUCCGAAUCAGGUCUGCAGCAGUGGGGCAAGCCCAAUCCCCAGCAGAACCAGCAGCGUGCCUCGGCCCUGAAGAUGUGCCUCAACAUGCUGGAUGGCAGGACCAAGGCGAGCAAGGCCGCUGCUGUGACCAAGCAGGACAGGCAGGAGCCGGUGCAGCCGCGUCCCAAGAGUGCCCAGAGCAAUGCCUCGUCGGGCGGUGGUCCGCCAUCGGAGUCGCCAGAAAAUGCGACAGCCAGCCUGGGACACAGCUCCACCGGCAACGGGGAGAACUACGCCAAGCGGAAGAGGGGCUGCUACAAGUGCUGCGAGUGUGGCAAACAGUAUGCCACCUCUUCGAAUCUGUCGCGCCACAAGCAGACCCAUCGCUCCCUGGACUCGCAGUCGGCCAAGAAGUGCAACACCUGCGGCAAGGCCUACGUAUCCAUGCCCGCCCUGGCGAUGCACCUGCUCACGCACAAGCUCUCGCACAGCUGCGACAUCUGCGGCAAGCUCUUCUCCAGACCCUGGCUGCUCCAGGGACACCUUCGAUCCCACACCGGCGAGAAACCCUACGCCUGUGUCCAUUGCGGCAAAGCCUUCGCCGACCGCUCCAAUCUGCGGGCCCACAUGCAGACCCAUUCGGGCGACAAGAACUUCAAGUGCCAUCGCUGCAACAAGACCUUUGCCCUCAAGUCGUACCUCAACAAGCACCUGGAAUCGGCAUGCCUCCGGGAUGCCGGGGCCAUCGAUCAGGGCAAGGGCUUGGAGGAGGACGACGACGACUGCAGCAAGCAGGACGAACUGGAGAUGGGCGACGAGCUGGACAGCGAUGAGAACAGCCAGGACAUUGUGGUGGCCUAGGGAUAAUCGAUGUAGGGAACUCUCCUGCCCGCAACUAAGAUACUUUAUACCAGAACCCUAUAAGCAAUACUCGAGCACCCUUAUCAAAUUAAUACUAAAAAGAAUUAACAAAACCAAAUGAGAAUUAAAAACAAACAAAAUCUAGUCUAGAAAUCGGCUUACUAGCGGAGUAGUUCUUAAAAUGGCAGACGAUCACGACGAUGAUGAUGAUGACGGUGAUGGAUCUCAACUCAAUAGAAUCUUCUUCAAGCAGUUAUAUACACGCACUUAUAUCUACUCACUUAUAAUCUGAACUAUUCCAAAUCUCUCCAAGUUGCAACUUUUACUGAACGAAGAUUGGCAGGCGUAAGAACAAAGAAAAACAAAAGGUUUGAGAAGGAAAUCCAAAACGUAACUUAUAGUAAAAAUCUGACACAACGAAUAUUAUGGAACAUAAGUAGAAAUUCUAUAUAUACACAGAUCAAAUAAGCAUUAUAUACAGAUGGACGGUAGGAAGACGAAAACGGUGGAAACGGCAAAUUAUAUGUAUACAUAUGAACUAAGUGAAUAAUACCUAGCGAGCAGAACCAAUUUGCAUGUUUUUUGGUAAAUAUCUACUUUUAGGCAUCGUUUUAGGGCUCUAGAGUUUAUAUACACCCCUCACAAAACCCCGGUUACCAGACACAAUACACCAGAUAACACACUAAUCCACUCACCACUAGAUGUAGUCCUUAGUGUACUGAAGGAUUCGAUCGGAGCUCAGUUCAAGUCCUAGCAAACUAAUCAAUUAGUGAACUUAUAGCACUACCGCAACCGCAACUCCCUAUAUCUCUCUUGCUCUUAGACUCUUUUAACCGUACUCAAUGAUCAAGUUAGCAAUCGGAAAUCGGAUAUAUAUACAUAUAUAGGAUCAGAAUCGAACGAGACGAACCAUUUUAACCGCUGCGGCAACUUUACACUCUAACCAAGUUUAUGAUGAGAUUACUUCCAUAUUAUGCUCUAACUCGAUAAACGGAAAACUACUUCAAUUACUUAGAAAUGAUUAAAAUUAAUGAGAAAACAAUUUAGAAACAUAUCACAAGGACAAUACUUAACAUAAAUAAAUACAUUCAAAGUAUGGAAAGUAUAUAGUGGCGAAGGAAUCGCGACCCCAAUUAAGACAUUCUCAUACACAUGCAACAAAGUACUUAUACUUACGAAAUAGUUAUUUUAUUACUAGCAUUAGAGUUCCCCGAUCCCCGUCGUGUACAUAUAUAAGCUCCACAUGAAAUGCAAGUUUAAAAACAAUUUUUUACAAGAACUACCCCCGUACCCGCGACCCCUCGACCCCUCGAGCUUUGGCCCAGCCAAAGGUUUCUAAUGGACAGGAACACAUCCUCCCCAAUCGCAAAAGGAUAUACAUAGAAUAUAUAUCCGAAUAUACCCAAUGUUCUGGGAAGUCGAAGAUGCAGAAGAUGGCAGAAAGGUUGAUGAAACGUUGAUGAUAGAUGUAGAAGACGCACUUGUAAAACAAAUGAUAACUAAAAGCAAUUCCAAAGUUAAGUGACAUAGUUUUUAACAAAGCAAACAAAAAAA